CUCCUGCAGUCGUUUGUGAAGGAUUACAUGAUCUCCAUCACCCGCCUGCUCCUGGGGCUCGACUCCAUGCCAGGCUCUGGCUUCCUGUGUGCGCUGAAGGUGACCGAGGACGACCUGUGGAUCCGCUCGUACGGGCGCCUCUACCAGAAGCUCUGCUCCAGCACGGGCGACAUCCCGAUCGGCAUCUACCGCACGGAGAGCCACCUGUUCUCCACCGCCGAGCCGCAGGUCUCCGUUGGCGUGGAGGACUACGAGGACACGCGGGAGCCGCGCGACGCCCUGAUCUGCCGCCUGGGGCCCCGCGACUCCACGAGCAGCGACCAGGCCGAGCAGCCGCUGCUGCGGCGGAAAAGCAUGCCGUGGGCUCGGCGGCUGAGCCGCAAGGGCGGGCGCCCCCCCGCGCACAUCAGCCAGCAGCGCCUGACGCUGUACCGCCGCUCCGAGCGCCAGGAGCUCGGCGCCCUCGUCAAGAGCCGCAUGAAACACCUGGGGCUCCCGGCCGCCGGAUGCAUGGACAUGCUGGAUCACGGCAACACGCUGUCCUACAUCCUGCUCAACCCCUCGCCCGACACGCGGCUGGAAGUCAACGACGUGGUGUAUCUCAUCCGGCCCGACCCCCUGACCCUGGUCUCCGCCAGCAGCCCCAGCCGAAAAGCCAGCGUCAGCCGCUCCGAGGACCUCAAGGACAGCAUCAGCCUGUGACCCCAGCCAGGAGACACGUGCCAACACUGUGACCCCGUCCCCUCUGCUCGGCAAUGGACUCUGCCAGCCCCCCAGCCAAGAUCUGCCCCAGAGCACCCACCGGGCCUGAUCCUGGCCCCAGUCUCUACAGCUCCGGAGCCACAGGGGCGCUGCCCAGAGAAGAUUGGGGCCGUGCCCAUUCCGGGUGCAGGGCUUUCCCACUGGCUGUGGAAAGAGCAGCCCUGACCCAGCACGGGCAGCCCUGACCCAGCGGGCACUGUGCAUAUUCUGCCCCUUCCUGGGCACCCCACGGGACAGUCAGCCAGGCCUGUCCCGCUGUGCCCGUGCCCACUGCCCCAUGCUUCCUGGAGCUCUGGCUGGCUGGCUGAGAUGGCCCUGCGCCCUGCCCCAUAUUUCCAGCCCCAGAGACAGGAAUCUGGCCCCUCUGCUCCCCCCCAGGCAGCUCCCCAUCCCCACGCUGGGACCAGAUUGGGACCAGGGAGCUGAGCUCGGGCACCCCUCCUGUUUAAGGAUUGAGGCCGGGGAAUGCUGGGAAAUGCACUGCCCCCCCCCCAGCUACUGGUGGAAUGUAGAGCCUCCCCACCCUCCCGGCUAAGGGACUUCUUAAUGCCAGAGAUUCCCCCGGCUCUGGUCUCACUGUGAACAUGGGCUCUUAGUUGUACAGAUACAAUAAAACUCAAGAGGAUCUCUAGCUGCCUGGGAGAGCUCCAUCAAUGUAGGAGCGGGGGACCUGCCUCUCCCUUGCCAUAUUUUCUGGGAUCCCCACAUAAAUCUCCAGCUCCCAGAGUCCUGUGAUCACAGGAGAUGUUUGGCUUUUGUUUAACCAACAGUGAGUGAAGCUGUGCAGCUGUCUGGUGACAGAAGAGCCGGGCUCGGACAGAAGACACAGCGCUUGGAGAGCUGAGCUGCCAGGCCGGAGUUGUUUAAACUCUUGUAAUUUGUAAUCUUGUCUUGUGAUUUUCCGCUCCAUCGGCAGCCAGCCAGCCU